AUGCUGCAAUCUUAUCUUAUUAGAUCGAGAAUAGUAUCGGUUAUAUUAAUCCCUCAAUCUAUUCUCUUCAACCAAGUAAACACAUUGACUUAUAAAGCACGUAUUCAACGGUUGUACAAUGAUGGAUCAGAUUUAAAACAACAAACGGUUGAAAUAAAUUCUACAGAACACAUUCGCCGAUGUUCUCUUCAUAAAAAUGAUGAUAUUUGGACUUUAUAUAAAACAGUACAUCCCAAUGUAAAAACGCUCGGCGAUGCUUUGAAUGAAGGUUAUAUUAAUUCAAAAGAUGGACCAUGCGUAGGCUCUAUUCAAACAUCAAAUGGUAUCGAUUCAUUACAAUGGCUUUCCUAUUCUGAAGUUGCGGAAAAAUCUCGAUACAUUGGCUCAUAUUUAUGGGCAAAAACGAAAUUAAUACCCAUACAAUCGAAAGUAGCUAUUCUAUCAUCGAAUCGUUCUGAAUAUCUGUUCGCUGAACAAGCCUGUUAUCAAUAUGGAUUUGUUGUUGUCAGUCUAUAUACGAGUUAUGAUUUCGCAACUAUUUUAAGUGUUCUUCAAAGAACACAAGCUGAAGUACUCAUCGUCGAUAAUCUACAACGUAUUCGAACAUUUCAAGAUGAUUUAUUUAAAAAUAGCCAAAUCAAAGAGAUACUAGUUAUGGAUGACGCAAACCACGAUGAAACGAGCACAAUUCGUUCGUUUUCAACAAUAUUCCAAACAAUGAAGCAUACGGAUUUAUGUGAACGACCAACAAUUGAUCCAGAUAGUAUUGCAACAUUUAUUUUGACAAGUGGGACAACAGGCGAACCCAAAAUUGCUAUGAUAUCCCAUGAAAAUCUCUUAGCAACUGCGAAAGGUCAUAUUCUACGUCUAGGAAAAGCUAAUAUAAAAGCGCCAUUAACUGAUCGCCACUGUUCAUUUUUACCUAUGGCUCAUGUAUAUGAACGAUUUAUACUCUUGGAAGCUUUAUUAGCUGGUACACAAUUAGUAUUUUGUCCUGAACCUGAAAAACUUCCAUACUACUUGUCAAUUGUAAAGCCAACUCAAGCUUCUGUUGUACCUCGUGUUUUGAACAAAGUUUACGAUGCGAUUAUGACGGAAGCUAAUAAAAGUACAAUAAAAAAGUUUCUAAUUCAACAAGCAUUACGUGAACGACCAUGGUUUCUAUCAUAUUUUGUAUUUCGUAAAGUCAAAAAACUGUUUGGUAACGAUUUAAAAGUCAUGAUAACCGGAGCAGCACCAAUCACACCAGAUGUCAUGCAUUUUUUUCGUAUUGCGCUUGACAUGCCCAUUAUGGAAGGAUACGGCCAAACAGAAUCAGCCGGCGCCGGUACAAGUACACAUCCAACAGAUACAUCCUACGGUACAAUAGGCUCACCAGUGCCCGUUACCGAUAUUAAACUGGUCGAUGUACCCGAUACAAAUUAUCGAAGCGACAACAAUCAGGGAGAAAUUUGUGUGCGAGGUCCAAGCAUUUUUAAAGGCUAUUAUGGUGAUGAAGCGAAGACAAGAGAAGUGCUUGAUAAAGAUGGUUGGUUGCAUACAGGUGACGUCGGAGAAUGGACAAGUAAUGGAGCAUUACGAGUUAUAGAUCGUGCGAAACAUAUAUUUAAACUAAGUCAAGGACAUUAUAUUGCACCAGAACGUCUUGAAGAUGUUUAUAUUCGUUCUCGAUGGAUCUCACAGAUUUUUAUUGAUGGAAUGCCUAGUGAAGCCACUUUAGUAGCUAUCGUUAUACCCGAUGAAGAUUAUGUUCGAAAGAAUUAUCAAUCUGUAGUCGCAGGAAAGACAUUUGCUGAUUUAUGCAAGGAUGAAAAACUAAAAGAAAUUAUUUUAUCUGAUAUAAAACGAUUGGCGAAAGUGUACAAAGUCAAAUUUUAUGAGACAUUGAGUAAUAUCUAUCUUCAUUCUGAAUUAUUUUCGCAAAACAAUGAACUUCUUACAGUAACGCUAAAAACACGACGAGCAAAAGCUCGAACACGCUUUGAACCAAUUAUUAAAUCACUUUACCAAACUGAGUCGGCCACGAAGAACAAAUUUUCCUAG